AGCUCGUCGUUGCUUCCUCGUAACGGUCUCGGCGGGCGGCGGGCGAACUAUGGCCAGCCGGAGGAGCCUGCGAAGACAGCAGCCGGAGGAGGAACCGCAAAGGCGCAGGAGGUCAUUGCGGUUGGCAAGGGAAAAGACUGCACCCUUCAGUUAUCAAAGAUCUUUAGCUUAUCAGGCACCUGCCAACUCUGCACAGUUGAAUGUUGUGACACCUCGAACUGUUUUUAAGAAAGUCCUGCAGACACAGCCAAUUGUUUCUCCUCUUGUUUCUGAGAAACCUGAUUCUCCAAAACCAGUUGAUACAAUUUUCAAUUUUCCUGUGAAGCUUGGUUCUUCCAGCAGUCUAGAAAUCAGCCUGUCCGACUCCAUUCAGAGUCAGAAGCAUAGGAUUGCACGGCAUACAACGAGAUCGAAAAAGGUCCGUGUCUCUGAAUUUGAAAGAAAUCUGAAUAACCAGCUGCACUCCAGCACAUCUCAGGGUUUGCUGGACCAUACAUCUUCGUCAAAGUCUCUUCAGAUCUCCUUUACAACCCCAGCACCAUUGAACUCUGCUGGGAAGAAAGGCUUGAUCCGUAGGCCCAAAAGCUACCGAGCCGUUAAUGUGAAGGAUUUUGAAGGGGGCCUUGAACAAGACUUGUUGCAGAUCAAAGAUGCAGCAGAAAACAACCCCGAAGACCAGAAAACUACAACGCUCCAAUCAAACAACACAGAGGCUCUUUCGACGGAGACAGAACUCUUCCUCCCACCUCAUUCCAGGGAGGAGGAUGAGACGGAGCCGUCUAAUGUCCUACCGGAACCGGAACCGGAUUUGGCAAGGCAAUCUUUAGGUCGUAGGAGUGUGCCCUCCCUUCACCAAACACGGUUAGACGGACAGGAGGAAACAUCUGGCAUGGAAGUUGAAAAAGUGGCUGAAAGCAGCCCCCCCCAAAUUUUGAUGCCAGGAACCGAAAGUACCAUUGAAGCAGAAACUGAAUCCAUGGAAAAGGAGGAGAGUUACCAAGAAAAGUGCCAAGAAAGCUCACAGGAUGGAGGAAAAGAAUCGAGGCCCAGUCUGGGAAAGGAGAAGUUAAGUCCAGGUCCCGAAGAUGCCGGCAGCAUAGAAAGCAUUUCGCAGAAAAGAAUAGUCACCCCUCAAAGGCAACAGCGAGCGCAUUUUCAUGGAAGCAGUCCUGAUGAGGAACUCUUCAUUCCCACAGAGUCUUUGAAGACUGGCCUGGGCACAAGAAGGUCAUCCACACCAAUAGAUGCUGAGCUCCCAAGAGCAUCUCAAAGACAUUUCUCAACUUGGCUGAGUAGAAAAAUUGUCAGGCGUUCAGUGAAUGAGAUGGUGGCACUCAUCACCAAGGAGCUGGAUAACAUUAUCCCAGAACUUGCAGGACAGGAUAUGGCCAAGAUUGACCCAGGGGAAGGAGCUUCCCUUCGUGAAAUAACUGUGGAAACUGAACAGAUUCUGGAGUUUGAAGCUGAAGACAAUACAGAAGUCGAGGAGAUGUCAGAAUCUGAGGAUGUUGAACCAACUGGCAGUACACCAGCCUUUGUCCGCGCUAAAGCUUUUCACUGUACGCCACUGCUGUCCAGCCCACGCGUAUCGAAAGAAGUGGCUUCUGGGUCGCCGGUGAAACAGAAUUUGGUUCAACGGGUUCCAAAGCCAGCUAAAAAAGCCCGCCGGGAAAAACAGGAGCCGUCCCUCCCCAGCACCUUGGUGAAAAAAAUGUUCACCCACUACGUCAAGAUGCCAGUAACCAAAGAGGCGUUGCAAGUUGUGGAUAGGUGCGUGAAUGUGUACUUCAAGCAUCUGAGCAACGACCUGGAAGCCUACGUGAAUCAUGGUCGACGGAAGACAGCAGAGCCGGCUGACCUGGAGCUCCUGAUGAGGCGGCAAGGGCUGAUAACAGACAAGACGCCUCUAAAUGUGCUGGUCGAGCGACACUUGCCCUUGGAGUACAGGAAGCUGCUAAUCCCGGUCGCCGUCAGUGGGAACAAAGUGAUCCCUCAGAAGCUGAAGUGAGAAGCCGAACCGCUUGGAUGCCAGAGACAGAACAUUUCUCAUUUGGAAACAAGCAGUGGAGGAAGAUGAUCUCCUAAGAUUCCGGACUAGAACGGAUGUAGAUUUGUCCGUAAGACAUAAUCAUUUACAUGGCAUUUAACUUAAGCAUGGCACCUUCUCAGAAACAAGCUGAAUUGCACUUAUUGUGUCUCGGCUACUGCAUACAGGAGGAACCUUGUUUUUCUGUCUGU